UGCCGCAUUUUGGAGAAAAAGAAUGCAGAAUUAUUGAAAAGUAACACCCCUUGAAAGACUUAAUCUGAAAAAUGGACCAUCCCUGCAUGUAUGCUGCAAACAAUAGUCCUGCAGGUGGUGAAUCACUGCAGAUGACUAACAGUUCUGCUAUAAUUCUUUGAAAGCAUUGUUACAGUAGUGCAAACAACAAUCAGAUACUCUGGUCAGUGAAUUCUGAAUCAACCAUCUUAUUGAUAGUUUAUUAAAAUGCAGUAAAUCAUUUUUGCAUCAUACAAUUUGCUGAUAAUAUCAGCAUUUUAGAAAUAACUCCACAUUGAGGUAUACAUGCUUUGACAGGCCUCUAGGGAACACACGGACAUAAAAGAGCUUUUAAAUAAUAAAUUAGUACCAUUCAUGGAAAUGAAAGGGCUUGCGUGUUAAAUCUGUUCCUCUUUAUAACCGAAAAGGAUUAUGACCUUCAAAUUCUGUUGGAUUGCUAGGAGAUGAAGAAAGAUGUGGUCGUAAUCGUGCUAAGUGCAAAGCAUUGAUGAGGCAUACUGGUCUUAUGCUUACGGUACGUCCGCCCUAAAGAUGACGUUCAACUGACUUCAGCCCAUUGUGUGUUCAAGUUCCUUCAUGUAAUUGUUUAGAGACAGGACUAGGUUCCAUCUGAGGAAAGACAAAAUAGGUAAGUGAAUUGUUCCUCGCACAUAUCAUAGACUACAAAGUAGGUAGAUAUCAGCACCUACAAAGCAUGUGUUGGAUUGUUUUGUGUUUGAGACUGUUGCCACAAACUAUUAGUAAGAAUGGGGUAACUUAUAUUUUAGUAAGUAUUCUUACUAAUAUUACAAAAUGCAUACGAUCCACCCUUUGAAAACAUAGUACAAAUUUUGAGGAAUUCAUACGAUCCACUCCUAAGAAACAGUCGAAUCUUUGGAAUUCAUAUGAUCCACUAAUAAUAAACAUACGACUUUUACGGAAUACACAUGUGAGCCUUACUAUUAGUAAAAUCAUAUGAAUUUCUUAAAACUUGAAUUCCGUAGGAUUUGUAUAUUUCUUAAAAGCGGAUUGUAUGCAUCUGUAAAGUCCAUGAUACUUGUAUGAAUUUCGUAAAAGUCUUAUAAAUAUUUAGCCACCCCUGUCCUUAAGUAAUAAAAUGCUGACAAUGGAAAACAAAAUGAUCUUGAAUAGUUUCUGUCACUGAUUUAUGUACAUCAUUAUCAAACAAAUAUGACAAUGGCUGUUGUAUCACAAAUGUCAUGCUGAAGUUAACAAAAUGUAACCUUUACAUACACAUAAAGCAUUUGUAAAAUACACGUAAAGGAGUACAUUCAUGAACAAAUUGCAUCUAUACGCAUGCUUUAAUGCAUACUGAAAGAUGGGAUUUCUUGCUAUGUGUUCUCUAGCCAUUGACAACAUAUCCAUUCACCUGGAGCAAGCACCGUGAGCGUCUACGAGAAAUGGUGGCAUGAUUUCUUGAAGAUGUUGCUGAAAGUCAUCCUAACUUUGGUACUGCAACUGGCUCAGUUUCUUGCCGUACGGGGAACGGCUUCUCCGCAAUUUACCAACUUUGAUGACUUUGAUGGACUUGCACUGGCAGAGGACACGUACAUUGGGGCAACAGUCUUCACUUUGCAGGCCACAGAUCCAGAUCAAGACAAUGUUUACUUCAGCAUUGAGUCUGAGUUUCUAGGUGUUGACCAGGUCACCGGCCGGGUUAUCCUGAUCAAAGCGUUGGACAGGGAGAAAGAGGACAGCUUUGAAGUAAGAGUUACUGCCACAGACAACUCACCAGCUCUCAACUCCGUCUCCUACCUUGCAACCAUCAGGGUAUCAGAUGUCAAUGAUAAUGACCCCAAGUUUCUGUCCACUCCCUACAUUGUCACACUUGAUGAGGAUUACAGAGUUGGCUUUCCUGUCUUCCUGGGCAUUGAGGUGGAAGAUCCGGAUUCAGGGCCUGGUGGGGCAUACCAAUUUUCCUGUGGAGGGGGAUGUGACUGGUUUGAUAUUGACCCAAUCUCUGGGCUGAUCCUGCUCAGUAAACCACUGGACUAUGAGUUCCUGCCUGCCUAUUGGAUGCUCAUCAACUGCACUGAUGGGGGUGGUCGGACCAGCUCAACUAUCUUGUUGGUCCAUGUUAAAGACACUGAAGAUGAACCACCUGUGUUUGAGGUGGGGACAUAUGAAGUCACCCUACAAGAAAACGUGCCUGUGGGCUUUUCAGUUGUGACAACUGCUGCUGUUGAUGGAGACAGGGGAGUGGACAAUCCCAUUGGCUAUUCAAUUAGCGGAGGAAAUGAUGGAAAUUUUUUCCUAAUCAGAGCUACAACAGGAGAGAUUACAGUAGCCCGUCCACUUGACAGGGAUGCCUACUUGGAUAAGUUUGGCAUAUGGCAGCUGACAGUUACAGCAACAGAGGACAAGAAUGGCUUGCCGGGACAGGCCACUUCCACCAUUGUUACCAUCACCAUUGAAGAUGUAAAUGAUGAGGCACCCACUUUUGACCAUCGCUCCUACACUGCGACCUUCCCAGAGAACUACCCUGAAGGUGUCCCCCUCCCCAACCUAAACAUCUUUGUGGCAGACCUGGAUGAAGGUGCUAACAGUAAACUGCAGAUCUACCUGGACGAUGACUGGGGAGCAUUUACAGUCACUCCGAGUGAACUGGAGGGGUCAGCAGAUAUCCAAGUCUACAUCACCAACUCCACAGUACUGGACUAUGAGACCAUGGAUAACUUCACACUCAGGAUUGUUGCUGUGGAAUCAGACACAAAUGAGCAGUUCUCUGACUCAGCGCUGGUGACUAUCCUGCUGGAGGACCAGAAUGACAAUGCACCGAUCUUCAACCAUGCCAUGUAUAGGGGGGAAGUCAGCGAGGCAGCUGUCCCUGACACCUAUGUUACAGCUGUGUUGGCAAUGGACUAUGACACAGUGCUUGAAUAUAGGACAAUCCAGUAUUCUCUGCAUGGAGCUGGAUCAGACAGAUUUGCCAUUGACCCCAUCUCUGGGAUUAUCACGCUGGCUGGAUCCCUGGAUUACGAGGAUAAUCCCAAAUAUUACCUGAUUGCACAAGCCGAAGAUGGACCCGGCCUGAUCACCACUGUCCCAGUGGAGAUCACAGUCCUGGACUAUAACGAUGUCCAGCCAAUUUUUCUGAUUGACGAAUAUCAGGUGUAUAUAGAAGAAAACAGUCUAGACAUGCCUCAAUGGAUGUUUGUCCAUGCCACCGACUAUGAUGGCUCAGAACUGAACAACAGAAUAGAGAGUUACACUCUGUCCAACACCACCAACUUUGCCAGCCACUUCGGCAUUGGACAGACAUCAGGACUCCUGUCAAUCAUUCAGGCUGUUGACUAUGAAGAUGUUAUAUUCACCAAUGGGAAGCCAGAGAUUCAUCUUGAGGUGACUGCAAAGGAUAGCGGCACACCAGCACUCAGUGCCAUGGCUAAUGUCACUGUGUUCAUCAUGGACAUGAAUGACAAUACACCUGUGUUUGAGGAAGAUGAGUACAGAGUAGAGAUUGCAGAAGUGGUUGAAGCAGGUGCGACCAUUGUCCAGGUGCGUGCCACAGAUGCUGACUCUGGGCCCAACCAGGCGCUGGUUUACUCCCUGGUUGGGGAACACAGCCAGCUGUUUUCCAUCGAACCCAGGACAGGACUGGUCACAGUGGCUGCUGGCAGCCAGUUUGACCAGGACUUAGUGGAUGAAUACCGCCUGCUCGUGAUUGCCACAGACUUUGGUGCACCAGCAAGGUCUGGUACGGUCAACCUGGUCAUCAGGGUCCUAGAGGGCAACAAUAAGGCACCAACAUUCUUUCAACCUUUCAUCAGUGCUGCAGUACUGGAGGACACCAUGGUGGGCUGGCAGGUGGCGCAGUUGAACGCCAGUGAUGCAGACAACACGUCUGAUGUCCAGUUCCUGCCUAUCAGGCCGUACUUUGUCAGGGCCUGGAAUGGAGCCAUUCUCAACAACUCUGUCUUCACUGGUACAAACCAGACGUUUGAGGAUUGGUUUGAAGUGGACUCUACCACUGGUGUGGUGACAGUGGGGAGGGAGCUGGACAGGGAAACAGCGGCCAUGUUUGAGCUCACUGUUCUAGCUGUUGAUGCUGAGGCCGAAACCUCAGGACAAACUGCAACAGCUCUGGUUGCCAUUUUCAUUGAGGAUAGGAAUGACAACCCCCCAGUGUUCAUGUCCCCCCAUACCCCCGACACUCCUUACUACCACCUGUCCAUGUUGGAGGAGACAAGCCAUGGCAUCUCUGUUCUCACCAUCAGUGCAGAAGAUCCCGACUCACCUUGGACUAUCAUCAACUACCAGUUAGUCUGGCACAAUGAAGGCUACUUUGCCAUAGACAAUGUAACAGGUGUAGUAACUGUGGCCAGACCAGUGGACUAUGAGAUGGGUGUGAGGUGGGUUAACUUCACUGUCCAGGCUACAGAUGAUGGGAACCCUCCAUUGUCAGCCUCAACUCCUGUCAGUAUCCAGAUUGUGGAUAUAAAUGACAACAGCCCUGUCUUCCAGGAGGAUUUCUACAGAGUAUCUAUCCCAGAAGACGCUCGUGUUGGUGAUGUCAUCCUCAAUGUUUCGGCAUCGGAUGCUGAUUCCAGACUGAAUGGCAACAUAUUCUACAACGUAACAGGGGGAGGGGGCAUGUUUUCAGUUCAUUCUACAUUGGGUUGUAUCAUACUGGAGCAGACAGUGGACAGAGAGAACCAGUCUCUGUACUUGUUUGAAGUGAUGGCGACAGACAAACCCAGUGUUGGGGUCCCCAGAUCAGCUGUAUCUGUGGUGGAGGUGACAGUACUGGAUGUGAAUGAUGUUCCCCCAACCUUCCCGCAUGCUGUGUACCAUGCUGACAUACAGGAACACGUGCUGCUGUAUUCUCAUGUCAUAACAGUCCAGGCACACGACCCUGAUGAAGGGCCAAGUGGGGAGAUCAACUACUCCAUCCUGGCAGGGAAUGGAGCUGGUCUUUUUGAGAUCAAUGGUACAACUGGAGAGAUUAGAAAUGCAGGACUGCUGAUAGAACUAUCAGGAGAGUAUGUGUUGACCAUCAGUGCCACAGACCGGGGGCCAGGGGCACUGCGAGGGUCCUGCACCGUGAGAGUUGUGGUGCUGGAUGUGAAUGAUCAUGCCCCAUCUUUUAUUGUGCCUGAGAUUGGGACAACUGUUACCGUACCUGAGAAUCAAUACGUUGGCUAUUUCAUCCUGAAAGUCUCUGCGGUGGACACUGACCCGUCAGAUGGUGGGAGGAUCUCUUACAGGAUUACGGACAAUGUGGGACACAUCAAUGACUCACUCAUGUUCACCAUCAACGAAGACAACGGGGACCUUACUACAGCACGACGCCUGGACAGAGAGGUGCAAGAAUACUACAAUCUGUUGUUGGUGGUUGAAGACAGAGGCAGUCCAACGUCCUUCUCCUCUUACCGGUUCAUCACUAUCCGGGUUACAGAUGUGGACGACAGUGAACCUUACUUCCCAGAGAUCUGGCACAGUGCAACAGAUGUGGCGGUAGAGUUUGAUAUCAGAGAGAACUUGGCCGUGGGAACAGAGAUCGGGGCUGUGCCACCUGCUGUUGAUGAUGACCUGGGAGCUAAUGCAGUUCCUUACUACUACAUCAUAGGGGGAGCAAGUAACAAAUUUGCCAUCAGCAAAACAACAGGAGUUCUGUCUACUCGCUCAUCUGACCUUGACUUUGAGGACCAGAGUGACUUCACACUGACCAUCAAGACUUCGAGUGACCCCGAGUUCUAUACCGUACUUACCACAAGAGGGAAGAGAUCUUCACAUGAUGAUCCCUCAGUCUUGGAAGUUGCUAUCCAUCUAAAGGACACCAAUGACAAUGCACCCAGAUUUUCCAAACAGAAGUACAGCACUGUUGUAUCCGCAGAUACAAAAUAUGGAACAACAGUCAUUCAAACUGAGGCCUCUGAUGCAGACUCUGGGAACUUCAGUGUGACGUGGUUCUACCUCCACUCCUGCAACUUUGUUCAACAGAACAGCAGGACUCCAUGUCCAGACACAUUCCGACUGGACAGGACUGGUGGGUCUCUGGUGACCAAUGAGCUGUUUGGUGCGUACAGGGACCAGGGUUACUUCAAACUGCUGAUCCAGGCUGUGGACUCUGUCAGAGCGGACUUUGUUGAUGUGGCAGAGGUUGAAGUGUACAUCCUAAGUGAGAAUCAGCAGGUUCUUUUGACUGUGGACAGGGCACCUGCUGACGUGCGGACUGGGGAGGAGGAGUUGGUCAGGUCCCUGCAGACAGCUACUGGGCUGGAGGUAGUGGUAGAUGAUAUCCAGUACCACACUCCACAGAAAAGCAGGGUGGACGAAACCAAGUCUGAUGUGACUGUACAUGGGGUGGAUACCACCACCAGACUGCUGACUGAUGCAGAUACACUAUCAAGGCUGAUCAGUGAUGACAUGGAUGUCAUGUCAACAGCAUCCAUCUCUGAAGUGACGCCUCUGGAGGCAGAAACCUGUGCAUCAGAAGCUGACUGCUCUGUGUUGGAGGGCAUUCUGAUCGGCCUGGGGGCUGUGCUGUUUGUUGGAACUGUCAGCCUCAUUUGCAUAACAUUCUGUCUGAAGCACAGAUGUCUGAGAGGUGACAAACCUCAAGGAAAUGGAUUUCUCAGCACAAACUUGGAGGUUGCAUCCAAAGAUCCAAAAGAAACCCAAGUGAAAACCGUUGAUGAGACGUUGUUCACCCCCGCCUACCGACCUCGUGGUGUGCAGAAUCCUGCGUACGACAGAAGAUUUGAUGAGGAAGCACCCCUGACCAACAAUGAACACUCCCCUCCACAAGAGAGACUUAGGGAAGACAUAACCUCUGAUGGGUCCUUAUCACCACAAGGAUCUGUGUCCGCCUUUGUGGAGCCAGACGAACAGCUGACAGUUACAGUAGAGAAUGGAGUGUCAACUAUCCAGCCAGCAGCACCAGUAGAAACCACAUACUCCCAGGUCCAACCCAAGUCUGAGUACAGCAUGAGCAUGGAUAAGAAGCACCCUGUUGGUAUUCUCAAGAAGUCCACUCCUCGGACAGAUCCCCACUCCAGACCCCCCAUCCCUUCCCCCCUGAGACACCCCCCUGCCAGGAGAACAACUGAGAUAUUGACUGCACCUGUGGAUCCAGAACUCAACCCUGCCCUCAGUACUCAGAUGCCCUCCCUACCUGGUGAACCUCCCACCUCUGUCCAACAAACUGACACUAACCUGCCUUCAGGAGUCUCUACAGCAGGUGUGCUGACAGAACAUGGGCCACCUGUGGACACCUUUAGCCCACCUGUGGACACCUGUAGCUCUACUGGCACACAGUCCAGACGCAGGAGUGAUGGGGAUCUACUAGACAUGGAGGAAGAGCCAACACCCAUGUCUCCUCAUGGCCCCCCUCCCCGAGUAUCUUCACAGAGAAGAGGUACUGAUCCAGACAUACCGGCAUCUGGUACAGGCCGCGGCAGGGCGGUCACUAUUCCCUUUCAAGAUUCUCACAUUGGCCCAUCGCCCAUAAAACAGCAACGACCGACCGUGAAGAGAAACGAAAACAAAGCCGUACCCACAGCACAAUCUGUGUCGGGUAAGAGCGUACCGGUUAACGAGAUGGCAGUUCGCGCGGCCAUGUUGUGGAACUCGGUGGUUGAUCACCUGUACUGUGCGGGGGUGCCAAACCCUGCACCUGAUGCAGAUACCCCCCUACCACGCCCAAGAAACCCCUCCCCACACCACUUGAGAAGGAAGAGCAGUGAGUCCAACCCACUGUACCGGCUGGAGAAAGCCAUUCUGAUGGAGAUCCCAGACAGCACGCUGUCAUCACACACCAGUCCUGACAGGAGACAGCACAGGAUGGUCUCUCCCAGAAGAACUGCAAUAGAGAUUGUGAGGGACCCGCAUCACUAUCAUCAGUCCUGGAAUCGUGGGAGAACAAAGGACAGAGGGCAAAGGUCACCCUACAAGAGACAACUAAGGGACCUACAGGGACAAAGUUCGCACAACUCCUCAAGGUCUCCACAUAAAAGAGAGCCACUGCUCCGGAGACAGACAACAACAGAGAUCGUGUUUGAACGUCCAGAUUCCCACAAUGGCCACCACCACAAGCCUCGGAGUCACUCCACACACAGGGCUCAACACAAAGACAAAAAGAAGAGAGACAAGACCAGGAGGACCCAGUCCCACUCCCCACAGAGGAACGUACAAGUACAGACAUAUCAGGAGGACCUUCAGGAUGAUGAAGAGACAUCCCAUCUGAUCAGACAUGAGGGGUAUCCGUAUGAUAAUGAUGAGGGAGAAGAUGGCACAUUGCUGGGUGCAGCACAUGUCAAUCAUCAUCCUGUGUACCCAGGAAGGGCCCAGCCUCACAGCCACUGGGAAACCGCUGGAGAAGAAAUCCCUGAUGAGCCAACAUACAGUCAAUACAUCGAUCACACGAGUCACCCAGAAAUGGCGGGCAAGCGUGGGACACCGCAGGUUCUGCCGCCAGAUGCCAGUCCACAAAGGGAUGAGGUCUACAAUCCCCUUGUGCGACCUGAUCUGAGAAACCCCAAAAUGUCCCAAUAUCGCGGAGGUAGACCAGUCCAAUUGCUGUCUCCCGGUGGCAGUAUCCCAGAAGAGAGCCCUGAGGAUGUGCUGGGUUUGGAUUCUCCAAGGGGAGACGAGAGUCCGCAGCUGGAGCAGAACUCUUCCUCGGGGAGGGGAUCCUUGAACAAUGAACGUCCUUGGAUUGCUUUCCACGAUAGUUCCGAUUCUUCACCGGUGAGGACAGUAACGGGAAGGCUGAUGUCGCCUUCUAGAAGGAUGCAUGUAGCCGCUCAGGUACAUCACGUGACGGAGACGUCGUCAGCAGACAGCUCUCCAGUGCGCCUAGCCAGCUACUCCAUUCCAAGGGUACAGAAUGUGUCCAUGAAGCAGGUGCACCAAGCAGCAUUCCAGCCGUCAAAAGCCAAGGAGGACACCCCUCGCAUUGAAUUCAUCCCAACCAAGAACGAAACGCCCCCUAAUGACUCUGGACUGACAGUGCAUGUGACUCCCUCACAGGGAAGUAAGACAAGGACGGAAAGUGAAACAGAAGGCUUUCAGCAGAACUUUGACUCAGUCACCCCUGCGAAGGAGUCACUUCCCAAGCGCAGUGUGGCCAAGCAGAUCAUGUUCUUUGAGCAGAUGUCUAAAUCUACGGGAUCAUCCAGCUCAGGGGCUGACCCAGAGACAGAUGUACCAAUCUCACUCAUCUAGCUUCCAAAUUCAAAUUCUACAACUAGCAUAGUGAGACACUUAAAUCAAGGAGGGCAAUUAUCAAAUUUGACCUUCCUGUUCCUGACCCCUACCCACCUAGUGAAUAUCACAAGGAUCCAUCCACAGCUUCUCAAGUUAUGGAGUCCAUAGAAUAUUAGGAUAGCCGCGAAGGUGUUGCUAAAAAGACUUAAACAUAUUGUAACCCAAUAUUUUGUGCUGGUAUGUGCAGUCUUGAAAACAAUCAUGUACUACACAGUUUAUGGACACAGUUUAGGGUGAAAUCUACUUUCAGGUUUACAUGGAGUGGUAGGUCUACCUUGCUUGACUAGUAUACAGCUUGCUACUGUGUAUUACUCAUUCAGAAUAUGAAGAGGAUCAUAUGACAUACUUUUUGGUCAUUGUGAUUUUGUCAAUUGUGAGGUACAUUUUGUAUCUGUACUCCCAAAUAAUUUUUUUAUACAAUUAUGAUUUCAGUUAUGAUAUGGUAUGCAGUGGAUUGCCAAGACAGUGGUACAGUUGCUAUUUGGAAUAUAAGAUAAAUCAACAAAUUCAUAAUAUAUACUUCAUAAUAUAUAUAACCUAUUUGAUUUUCCUUUUUCAUGUCAGUCCCUCAGUCCCUGGUUCCAAAUUGUCAGAGAUUUACCUUUGACAACAUAAAUUUUGCUACAAACCUACAUUUUGAAAAGCCUAAUGCUUUGUCCAAUAUUUU